UCCUGAACUCACGUGCUCGUUCCCUUCCUUGAAGGCGGUGCCUACUAGCUGCCGGUGCAGAGGGUUGUUGUUGUUUAGUGGGAAAGUACUUUAAAAAGUACAAAAACUAGUGUCGCGAAAUGGGAACCCGAGAUGAUGAAUACGACUACUUGUUCAAAGUCGUACUAAUUGGAGACUCUGGAGUGGGGAAGAGUAACCUGCUGUCCCGCUUCACAAGAAAUGAGUUCAAUCUGGAGAGCAAGAGCACCAUCGGGGUGGAGUUUGCCACCCGCAGCAUCCAGGUGGACGGUAAGACGAUAAAGGCUCAAAUCUGGGACACAGCUGGACAGGAACGCUACAGAGCAAUCACCUCAGCUUAUUACCGGGGUGCAGUCGGGGCCCUUCUGGUUUACGACAUCGCCAAGCACCUGACGUAUGAGAAUGUCGAACGCUGGCUGAAGGAGCUGAGGGACCACGCUGACAACAACAUCGUCAUCAUGCUGGUUGGAAACAAGAGCGACCUCCGCCACCUCAGGGCGGUGCCCACUGAUGAGGCUCGAGCCUUUGCAGAAAAGAACACUCUGUCAUUUAUUGAAACCUCAGCCUUGGACUCUACUAAUGUAGAAGAGGCCUUUAAGAACAUUCUGACUGAAAUCUACCGCAUUGUAUCUCAAAAGCAAAUAUCAGAAAGUUCUGCACACGACGACUCUCCGGGCAACAACGUAGUGGACAUAAGCGUCCCCCCAACCAUGGACGGGCAGAGGGGCAACAAACUCCCCUGCUGUCAAAGCCUGUGAUACUCAUGUUUCCUUUUCCUGUUUGACUUACUGUCGGUCUUUCCUCUCUUCACCGUAGCUUUACUUCAGCUGUCAUGCUGCUGUCAACACGAUACCCUCACUGGCUCAGAUGUCUCUGACCCAAGACUCUUGUAGUUGACAUUCCUUUUUGCUGUUUUUCCUCUUUGUUUUUCAUCAUUUGUUUGUCUUCCUCUGAUUUCAGAAGAGCAUGUGGAUAUGUAAUUUUAUGGCCUCAUAAUAGCCUGGGGAGGGAGGAAGUGUUUGCUAUUAUGAGACUGAUCUCACAGCAGUAGUGAACUACAAUUUGUUUUUAAUUAACUAGCUUUUAUGGUCCUAUUGACCUGCUCCUGUUGAAGGAACGGUGAGGGAUCAGCAGGCCUGUUCAUCAGUGCUCCAGUUGGUUUCUACUUGCCUCCUUUUCUCAGCCUUCAGUGAUACAGAUUUAAUGACAUGAUCCGCAACCGUGGAAUCCUGGUUUCAUGUCUGCUUGACCUGAUUCUGCCUAUCAUGCAAUACGGGUGUAGAAGAGGAGAUGAGAAGAAGGUAAUGCAUCAAUACUUUGGAGUAUAGAUUCAUUACUCUGUCUGGAGUUUCUGUUUGCCUCUUUAAUUUUAAUUUUCCUCUCUGAGCCCUGAGCCCACUGUGGCAUUAAAUUAACAUGAGCCAGGGACCGGACUGGCUGUGACUGUCUGACUUAAAUAUGGGCAAGUGUGAAACAAAUGAAGUGUUUUUAAUUUGUGCGUGCAUGUAUGAGUGUGUGUGUGUUUGUUAAUCUUAGUGCCCAAAUAUACCAAAGGAUGCAAUCUAUAUCAGCUUUGGGUUUUCUCAUGAAGCAUGUUCAAGGCUGCUAAGAUUGCAGAUCAUUGCUGUACUUGUCAAAUCAGUCUAGACAGUUUGGAAAAAAAAAGAUGUAAUGCUAUAUAGCAAAAGUAUUGUUAUAAAUUGCAAUGAGUGAUUUAUUGUGAAAUGAUAGUGUCAGCCUGGAACACGCCUAGUGUCUAGUUCCUUUCUCUGGCUGGCUCAGGUCAAACUCUCUGUUAGCAGGCUGUCUCAAAAUGAAAAUCUUUCUUGCACUUAGGUCCAAAAAUUUCAGUGGAACAAAUCACCGUAUAUUUUAAAUACACUCAAUUCUUUAUGAAGUGACAUUUUGCUGUUGCUUAUUUGGAAGACAAUGUUGGCUGAAAAGAACAAAAUUCAUUAUAUGUUGUGCUUUUUUUUUUUUUUUUUUUUUUUUUGCUUUUAAAGCAGUUUCCCCUCAUGUACCUGAGCAGCCUUUGCUGUCAUUUGAAUGUGAUUAUCUGUUAAAGGGGAAUGGAUAAAGAUGUGUGUAAUCUGAGAACAACUGCAAUUUGAAAACGCUUUCACCUAAACUAGAAACGGUUGUUGUUGGGUGGGAAAAUGGAAGUGAAAAUCAGAAAUGCAAAUUGUUUACACGGUUGGCUGAAAUGCCACUUCUCACCCAUCUGGUAGAAAUGAUUUCAUGUGUGACUGGUUCGAUACAUUUCUGUCUCUCAUGAUGUUUCACAUUUCUUCAAGUGGUGUGUAUAAAGUCAGCAAACGUAAAUGUGUUUUGCUACUUUUACCUAACACAAAAUGCUGAAACAUAAAUAAACCUAAUUCACGUGACCAUA